AUGAGCGUUGCUCACCAGAAGAAAGAAAAAUAUGAAAAUGGUAAUAAUUUUCUUGGAACUAAUGAUAGUGAAGGUACAUCAGCUCGGACAAGAGCUUUCAGCUUUGACCAAGUUAUGUUAAGAAGAAGAAACAAGAAACUUACUGAGGAUGCUAAAGAAGAAAUCGUUGUUCCCAAGUCACUGCCAGAAAAAGACGACUCUGGGAAUGCCCAUGAGUUCACAGAACCUGAUAGAGGCAAUGAUCUCAGGAAAGAUCCCAAAAAUGCAACAGGAGGCAUCAGAACAAAAGAGGUUGCGUCCAACAAGAAAAGUAGUCCUAAAUAUAAAGAUAAAGUACGUGAUGAUGUGAAAGCUAGCACGAAGGACAAGAUGAAGAUUAAAUCCAGUCAUGAUAAGACUAGUCUGAAUAAAGAAGUCAACAAUGAAAAGCAGAGUCGCCAUAGGAACAGAGCAGAUGACCGAUCAAAGGCUGUAUCUGAGAAAGAGUCUGGAAAGAGGCUCUUCAAAGAUACACAAGUAAAGGAUAAUCACGAGAGGAAAUAUGGAAAUUACGUACAAGCAGAUAAGAAGAACAAGUUUACUGUUAAUAAUGAAAAACCUAGAAGGCCAAUCGACAUUUUCACUGCAAAAAAAUAUGAUUUUGGUCAUCGACAAGAAAGAGAACCUCUGGAUAGAAGAAAAAUUCGUAGAUAUGAAGAGCAAAGCUCAAAAAGAAGAAGAUCAAGAAGUCGGGAAUUUGAUCGAAGCAGGGGUAGAUCUCCUUCAAUGUCGCCAAAGGGGUACAAGCGAUCCUUUCAUGGAAGAGAUCAUGGAGGGUCAUCAAAUCGUUUUGUCAAAUACAGGACGGGAAGGCAGCAUUCAAAUGCUGGUAAAUACAGAACAUCAGGAAGUGGGCGCCAGGAAAGUACUCGUUAUCAGCAGCAUGAAAGUGGCCUUGGGGGCUAUUCACCAAGGAAGAGAAAAACCGAGGUUGCUCCCGUUAAGAUUCCAUCACCACCUGCUCCCUCACCGGAGAAAAAGGAAGCUACAUGGGAUUUGCCUCCUUCAGGAGUUAAUCGUACUAGUUCUGCAUCUGUUCCUAGGAAUCUUCAGUCAUCUACUCAACGCACUUAUGAUCAGCCAUCUUCUAUAUCAGACACUGCUAUCCCUGUGAAAUCUCAAGGGACAUCUUCUAGUGCUGCACCAACAGUUUCAUUGGCAUCCAUUGAUUCGGUUCACCUAACUCAGGCAACUCGUUCGUUGAGAAGGCUCUACAUGGAAAAUUUGCCAUCUUCAGCUACUGAUAAAUCGAUAUUAUCAUACCUCAAUGAUCUUUUGUUGACAGCUGGUGCCAAUCACAUCCCCGGCUCACAGCCAUGUAUUAGCUGUAUUGUAAGUGACUGAACAUGGAAUAGUGUGAUGGCUUUGUUUUCAUCAAGAGUAGUCCAGAUGCUUCAUUUUCUGUCAGGGGUCUGAUUCAAAAGUUUGUAUGGGAAUGCUUUAACUUUGUACUUUCUAUGCAGAUUAACAAAGAGAAGGGUCAGGCUGUUGUAGAGUUUCUCACACCUGAAGAUGCAACAUCAGCCCUUUCUUUUGAUGGAAAGUCCUUGUCUGGUUCUGUUCUAAAAUUCAGGCGCCCGAAGGACUUUGUGGAUACAACAGCAACAGUAAGAUUGAUUUUUUAUUCUCAUCAAUCUUCUAUGAGGAUUGUACUUUGAUUUAGUAAAAUUGAUAAUGACUUGGAAUACUACCAAAAUUAGCUUAAACCUUUAAAAUUUGUUGCACAUAAACUCGUCUUCCACUCACAAUCUACAAUAUGUCAAACACAUGAUAAAAGGAAGAAAAUCAGUUUAGUUAAAACAAAAAGGUUUCUGUCGGCAAAAAAAAGUGAGUGGAACUCUGCACAACAUUUAUACCUCAGCAAUCAAACCGAAUCCUUACGAACUUUUCUUUUGAAAUUCCUUGAAUUUAUUGUUGGAACUGUUAUCUUUUUUAGUUCUGUAAAGCUUGCUUGAUCAUGUGCUCAGCAAUCAAACUGAAUCCCUAUGAAAAAAAAUCGAAAUUCCUUGAAGUUAUGGUUGGACAUGUUAUCUCUGUUAGUUCUGUAAAGCUUGCUUGAUCACAUGUGCUCCAGAUACGACUGGAAACCUCACAGAUUAAUAUAAUGGCUUACUUUGUUCCUAUUUACACUGCAUUCCUGAAACGACUUGUCCGAUGUGUCAGCUGGUGUCUAUGUAAGCACAUUCGACUUCAUCUCUGCUAUGUUCUAAUUCCAACCUGUGAGCUGAUAAACCCUAGUACAAACAGUGAAACUAGUUCCUCAUGAGAAAGUUUAGACUUUCAUUACUUUUUACGGGGUUGAUCCGAAAGAUGUAAUCUUACUUGCAGAGUAAUCCUGCCGUUCAACGUUUCUUUGUUUUACUAACUAUGGAAAGUACAUUAUUGUAUUGAUCGAAUAAAAGUUUUUCAGCUAAACACAAAACGAGUGCAGUGUUGUGGGCGCACCAUUUUAAAAGGUCCUAAGCAACCAUAUUUUAAAGCAUUAAAUAGGGGCAAUCUUAACCACUUAAUCUCCACCAAACAGGGACGAUUGAAGAAUCCCACUUCAUCUAAAAUACUGUGGACUGGUUCGUAAUGCAUCCCACGUCAUUCCAAACGUGGAUUGGGAUGUAUGUAUAGCAUCGUGGUGAAUAUACAUUCAGACAUUUAUACUGAGAUGAGAAAGAGUCAUUCAUGACCUAAACAUAGUGCACUGGGUAGUCAGAUGCGGAUGGGGCAAGAAGGUGUCUGUGUCCUUAAUGACGUAAUUGAGUUGGAGUGGCAAGUAGGGACAUAAAACAUGAAGGCUGGUUACUCUCCUUGUCCUUUCAGCAUAACAGAAUUGGCAAUGAUAAAUAUGAUCAGAAAAUGUAUCGAAUGGACUGUGUUGUGAUUCUCCAGACUUAUAUAGGCUGUCAGCUAUUUAUGUGCGCCGCACCCUCUUUUGCCUGAAAUCCUAGAAUAAACAUGAAAGGCAUAAUAAUUGCACGCAUAAUGUUCCUCUAAACUAAGAGAGUGAAGAAGAAGACCUUCCUGUAACUUCGAGCUUAAUAUCAAUUUGAAGUCUUCACUUGGCAGUAAGAGGCAGUGGGCAUUCUUUUAUUGACAUUAUCCAGUGAAGACAUAAAGCUGCGGAGUGACUGUUCUGGAAUUAUUUUUCCUGGAAACAGAUUUCAUGCGUUUUUCUUUUCCUGUCCGAAAUAGACUGGUUCACAAACUUCAAAUGCUCCCAGUACAGUUCUCCUGAUCAACAUAAUUCCAGGAGAAAGCACUGUCACCAGGAGUUUUUCACUGAACUUUUCAAAUGGAAUGCCGACUCUCUAGGACUUGAGAUCUCUAUAUCUUCAGGGUUCUGAGAUGAAUUCAAUUCUAGAAUCAAGAAAAAGAGGAAGAUGAGACAUAGGAGGAAGAGUAGAAGAUGUAGAUGUAAAAUCAAGUGGAGGAAAGACAGGAGGAACUCGUCACUGGUGUUGCCAUCUGAAGAAAUUAAAUAAAACUUGCUGUAUGUUUCGAGAAGUUUGUACAUUUUUUUGUUUUUCUGCUAUUUUAAGGUAAUAAAAUACUCCACCUUUUAGUAUCAUGGUACUAUGAUCUUUGGAUUGAUGGCUGAUUAGAUUAUCGUUUAGUCUCAUGUUUUUGGUCUUAAGUAGAUGAGUUCUGUCUCUCUGACUAGCUGUUUUGGAACAUGUGACGGAUGUCGGAUUUAGGACUUAAAGCAAAAAAAAAAUCCUGUCGUUUGCUACUCCAUGUUGCUCAUCUUUAACUUAUCCUUUAUUUUUUUCCCUGCUUCAGUCAAUAUUUAAUUAAUUUUCCCACGAUUAAGCUGCCUGCGGUUUUUCUAUUUGUUUGGCACGUGUUCUAUAUUAUGCUUCAAUGAGAUACCGAUCCUUUUGUGUCCUCUUCGGCUCAAUGCAGUUACUAUUCCCUACAUAAAGUUGUUCGUUUAAGGACUAUAUUUUGCUUUAAAUCGAGAAGCCUUUCUGUUUCUAAGGUGCACUGUGGUUAAUAUCCAUGUACCAGGUUUUCAGACAAUUGAUAUUUUCAUGCAGACUGGAGUCCAGGAGAAACCUGUUGCAGCUCUUAAUGAGAUAGCUGAUAUUGUGAAGGAUUCACCACAAAAGGUACUUGUUUUGCUUCUGCUAUAUCCAUUUACAGGCAUCAAUUAUUGGCUCAAGGAAUAUGUUUACCUUCUCAAAACAUGAGAUGCCCAGAUAUUUUGAUGUGUGAUGAUGGGUUGCAUUGAUAUUGGAUGAGUUUCUAAAACUGUUUAUUAAUUUUAUCCUCUUAAUUGAUGUUAAUAUUCAGUCCCUUGUGAUAUCUCACCUUUUGCUGUUUUUCAUUUGAUUUUUUGAAUCGGAGAACAGUUAUGAAAAGUUCUCUCUGUCUCCGGACCAAAAAUAUGUUCUGUCAGGUAUAUAUUUAGAUGGCGCGAUUAUAUAUCAUAAGUUCAACCGUAGUUCAUUCAUUCUAUCUGCCCAGGCCAUCCAAUUUGAUUUUCGAGCUGAAAGCUGCUGAAUGGGGAUCAAAGCCUAGCAUCCUUAAUCGGAAGAGAUUUCGCUAGCAUAACCCUCACAUGUAGUCGAGAAAGUCCAGGGGAAUUCUCUUGUUGAAAACGUUGUGACUAUCAUGAUGGUGAGGACACAGAAAACAAAAUUUUGGAAAGGAGACUUUUUGUUGACUUGGAACUUCUCUAUACCGCACAAAAUUCUCUCCCUCAAAUGUUGUAUCUGCCUUCUCCAUGAGCUUUUGAAUGCAACUUUUAGUGAGAAUUCUAUGAAAGGAAUUUAUUGCCUCAACCUUGUGCUGUUCACGUCAGUAUUAUUCAGUAUUUUUCAACCUUGUAUUUCUUCUAAAUCUAUGGUGCUAUCUUUUACCGUCCGAUUUAUCCAAUCAAGGUGCUGUCAUUGCCAAUCUUCCUAGAGUCUCAGUGAUUUACCAUCUUCGAACUGAAAAAUAGUGGAAGUAUCUCAAUCAAUUUCUCUUUAGUGUAUUGCUCCGAGGAAAUAUGGUGUUAAUGACAGAAGCCACAUUUUAUUCUAUCAUACUUUCCCUGUUGUUUGCCCAGUAGGUCGGCCUGAAACGAGCAUUCUUCCUCAAUUCUUAACAAUCAUUUGUGAGUAGUGCCUAAUGUGAAUUUUAGCGUUUCACAGUCCUUUCGCAAUAAAUGUGUCUCUGGAUUCUCCUUUCAAGUGGAAAGAACUUCAAAUGCCUUCGACCUCUUGUGCCGUUUUAGAGGUCCUAAUAACGGUUAGUAUUGGUUAAAUGGUAAAUUAAAGGUCUGUUAGGAGUCAUGUUUAAUGGAAUCUAUCUCGUGCCUCCUGUUAAAUAUUUUGAGUGUAUUGUUUAAUAUCGUUUAAUAUCGUUUAAUUCAAGACUUUAGAGGAAAUUUCCCCCGAUUCUGCAUCCGAAUGCUGUAAAAGUUUUGGUUAUAGACCUGCACAAAUGUCUGCUCUUAGGUAGUUUUUUAGUCUUGCUAUUUACUGGGAUUUACUCAAGAACCGAACUGACUCACAUCAACUUCUAUGAGUUGAUUCAGAUCCUUAGGAUGCGUGACGUAUCAUAUCUUAGAUGAUUUCAUUCAGUUCUUAUGAAAUAAAACUGACGGACAUCAGAUUUAAUGAUAUGGUGAAAUAUAUUAAAGCUAUUAUCUGAACCCUCCAUCGCACCAUUACCAAACAUUGCACGUAUCAACGAAAACUAUGUUCUCCGUCUUGUUUGUAACUCAAUAGUUUGACCAUAUUUUAUCAAUAAACAAUUGUAUGGGCAUUGGGCCUAUGGGAUCCACAUGAUUGUGGAGUACUUUAUCCCAUGAAAUGUCUAUCUAUAUUAUCUGGUUGUGGCUUUUCAAUUUCUUCAGAUUCGUUGGUAUAGAAUACCACUUUUAACUGUGAAAAAAACUCACGGCGGUGUUAUAUAUUCGCGCCUUUGAAAAAACGAUCUCUUAGUGAAUUUUAUUCAGUUUAUGAUUCCUUCUUGCAACCAAUUUAAUGCUUAUCAUCUCAAAAUUACUGUUGUCCAUCAUUGGAUGCUGCAGAUUUUCAUUGGUGGAGUUUCGGAAUUUCUGUCUUCCGAUAAGGUAAAUUGGCUCAGAGAAGAACAUCUCCACACUAUAUAACGCAACUCCCCCGAACCCACCCACCCUUUAUUCUUCGCAUUUGCUCUCAUGAUCAACUGCAUAUCUUUUUUCAGCUUUUGGAGAUUGUCAGCGCGUUUGGGCUCGUGAAAGCUUACCACUUCGAAUUUAAUCCGGAGCUCAAUCAAUCAUGUGCUUUCCUCGAGGUACAUGCUACUUAAUAAUCCCUCAAACGGCUUGUUCUAGUUAGUAUUUUUCUGUGUGCUGUUAUCCCAUAUUUCCUACCACUGUCCUGGGACAGCUGGGACAGCUGGGACAGCUGGGACAGUGUGGACCGGAGGAUCAUUUUGAUUGCAACGUAGUAGAAUAAUGUCAUUACCCAAUUUAUAUUGAGAUACAGAAACCCUGGUUGACUUGUGAAAUUGUCUGGCCAUUUCGUUGAUUCAGUACAUGGACCAUUCCAUCACCCAGAGGGCAUGUGCUGGGCUGAAUGGAUUGAAACUUGGAGGCAAUGUCAUUACAGUUGUUAGAGCUCUUCCGGAUACCCACUGGGGGGAGGUAGAAUCACAUUUUCCUUAAUCUUCUUCUUCACCUACCUGGUAUCCACGUCUCUGCGCCGUCAAUGUCCUCAAACAGACUGUCAUCUUUCCCCAGGAGAAUCCAAGAACACCGUCAUACAGGGUUCCUGAGCAUGCAAGACCGCUGCUUGAGAAGCCCACGCAGGUCCUGAAGCUUAAGAAUAUGGUAUGAAAUAAUCUUUGCCAAAAAAGUGAACAUCUCAUUUUCUCUGAUCGCCAUUCACCUUCCUUGUCCAUAAUUCUUGACCAGCUGGAUCUAGAGAGCUUCUCUCGGCUGUCGGCACUCGACUUGGAGGAGAUCCUGGAAGAUGUUCGUCUAGAGUGUGCAAGGUCCAGCAGUCUCUCUCUCUCUCUCUCUCUCUCUCUCUCUCUCUCUCUCUCUCUCUCUCUAAACCUCACCAGAAUUGUCACCAAACAAAGCUUGUAUUUACUCCCGCCAUGGCUGGUCCAGGUUCGGCACCGUGAAGUCUAUGAACAUCGUGAGGUAUGCGUCUGCCAGCACUGCCAGCGCUGACGUCGAAAAAGAUCAAGUCAAUGCGCCAGUGAACAUGAAGCUGGAGGAAGAUGGUGAACAGCCGCCACCUGACCAUAGCAAGAAAUCAGAAGAUAUUAUGGAAGAAGUUUCAGAGAAGCCCGCGGAAGCCACUGGUGACCCCCAUCGCUCCCCUCAAGCAGCUGCAGAUGUAAACUUGGAAGAUCUCCCCGAACCGGAGAUCAGAGGCGAGGAACUGGAUGGCAACCUCGAGGUGGUCACGCCAGACGGCGGCCAUGGCAUGGACGAUGGUAUUGCCAUGGAAGAAGAAGCCGGGGAGGAUUCCGCACUCGAAGAAAGAUCCAAACAGACCUCUGAGAGCAAUAAUCACCAGGCGGACGAUCGAGGGCUCGAACCGGGAUGCGUGCUUGUGGAGUUCCAGAGGACAGAGGCUGCCUGCGCAGCAGCCCAUUGCUUGAACGGGCGGCUCUACGAUGGGAGAGUGGUGGCGGCGGCCUACGCUCCCCAUGAAGCCUACUUGGCACGGUUUCCCAAGUGA